AUGCCUUCCCCAGAGCGAAAACCCGAACUGGAGUUUUUUACAGAGCUAGGGUUACAAGGAUGCACUUUUUGUCAGUUCAAAGACAAACACAUGAGUGUUUAUGAUCUAAGCAAAUCAUCUGAAGACGGUUGUACUCUGUGCACUUUGGUAUUCAAUGAAAUAUCUCCAUUCAUAUCUAAUUUCAAAACCGAAGAAUUUGCGGUUUACCAUGAAAAGGACGGCUGGGACAUGAGCGCUGGCAAGGCUCAAGACCUCAGGUUCAGGUUCCUAGGCGGUAAAGUCUACUUACCUAUUACAUCUUUUUCAGUAACUAAUAGCAUCGAUUAUUCGGGCCCGGAAAGUCUGCAGUGUGUGGCUCGCUUAGUUAGCGAAUGCAAUAAUCAGCAUGACUGCCUCCAAGACCAGGCAACAAGGCUUCCCACAAGGGUCAUCGAUUUUGGGAAGGGCAACGACCGAAUUUUACGACUUUACUGUCCAUCUGAGGACGAGACAGCACGUUAUACAAUUCUCAGUCACAGCUGGGGUGGCAUUUCACCAUUCAUAACUCUACGUAGUAACAUAGGGGCCCGGAAGGAAGGGUUCGACAUUGGGGAACUGCCAAAUACCUUCCGUGAUGCUGUGACACUCACACGAGAAUUGGGUAUACGAUACUUAUGGCUGGACUCCAUCUGUAUCAUACAGAAGGAUAGGUGAGGUUUCCUGUCACCCCUUUGAUACAUGCUUUUCCUUCUGUUUCCUUCUGUUUCCUCAGACAAAGGCUCUUAAAAAAAUGCUCUGUGGUUGGUAUAGAACAGAUAGGUCACGUAUCUGAUUAUCAGGGCUCUUAUGAUAAUGCUGUGCCUUUGUUUGGGGAUGUUGUAUAUAUUUCUUCACAAGGCCGGAGACGAAGCCCACACCCUUAGUAUUGGUCAGAAAGACAUUUCAAAUUCCACUAACUUGCCACUUACAGGAAUGAUUGGGAAUCCGAAGGUCAAAGAAUGGCCGACUAUUACUCGAAUGCCUACCUGACAAUCGCUGCCUCUCGAGCUGCAAACAGCUCAGCGGGGUUUCUCCAUUGGACUGAUACUGGUAGACCACGAACCAUCCAUUGUGAGAGCUAUAAAGCAAAGUUUGAUAUACUCGUGUACCAUCACAAAUAUACAGGGCCCGAAUGUGAAAUCGGCAACCCUCUCUAUACCCGGGGCUGGGUUUUCCAGGAGAUGAUUCUUUCCCCAAGGGUUAUUUCAUACGGCGCAAAAGAGCUGGAGUGGUAUUGCCGAAGACGCAAUUGGUGUGAGUGCUUUGAUGUUAUCAUACCCGAAAAAUACAGUGAGCCAACAAAUCCACUCCUUUCUUAUUCAACUCCUGAGCCUCAUUCGCCUCAUUAGCAGAAAAGCCGAAAAGAGUUUUCUACAUUGGACUUCUGGCCAUGGGGAAAGGUUGUAGAGGAAUUCACCAAGCGUAAUCUUACGUACGAUAGUGACAAACUUCCUGCUGUAUCAGCGCUUGCGUCACGUUUCAAUGAGAUUCUAAAGGUUCCAUAUUUAGCUGGAAUAUGGAUGAAAGAGCCUUUCGAUAAAUUCAUGUGGAAAGCACUACUGUGGGGAGCGGAUGGUCCUCCGGGGGAAUUCAUGACGAAGCCAGGACCACCAUCAUGGUCCUGGGCCUCAGUGAACCGAAAUAUCAAUUACAGCCUCUUCUUUCAAGCCUCCACGCUUUCGAAUGAUUGUGUGACACUCAUCGAAGCAAAUACACAAUUACGUGGAACCAACCCUUAUGGUGAGGUAAAUGGAGGUUAUCUUCGUGUGAGGGGAGUUCUUAUCACGGCACAACUGGAUUCCAUUCCAAGAAGUCGACAGAAAACAGCCUACGAAGCACCAAUAGGCAGUUGGACUAUCCUGAGUAGUGGUGGUGAUGUCCUCAAAUCGUUGAAGAAGGUCCUCAAGAAGAACGAUUUGUACUUCAACUUGAUCGAAUUUCAUGAAGACACGACACUCGAAUUAUCACCUGCUAUCGACUCUUCUUGCUUACCCACUAAGAGGACCUACCAAAGGAGCUCGCGCUCGGGUUUGGAGGCCGUGGAGGCUAUGAGCGGUAUCGUUCAUUGUCUCCGAUUCCUACCCACCGAUCCGGAAGAGUUCUAUCUGCUUUCAUGGUUGCUGGUAUUGACCUGUAUAGAUAGAGAUACUCAAACUUACGAACGACUUGGAUUAGCGGAAGUAAGGAUGGUGGUGGAGAACAAGGAUUACUUCCGCGAGAUAGAGCCACAGGAAUUAACUAUAGUAUGA